UCAUCUAAUUGAGUGGAUGUUGAAGCUGAUUUAGCUCCGCAUUGCUCCUAACUAUUGAUAUAUUUGAUUUCUAAACGAGUGAAGGGAAGAAGGUUCAACAAGGCUCCCACCUGUGAGGUGGGUAAUUGAUGCUGCCAAAGGUUAAACUGUUGUACGAUUAAUCUCAUUCUUUACAGACUAAAAUUAAAACCUUUCUCUAGUAGCUGAAAUUAGACUCCACUGGUUACAAUUACACAUGUUUUUUCAAGAGAGAGGGGCAUCUUCAGAUCAUCAUCUCCUUUGUUGUAUAUUAAGAAUGUUUGAAAUGUAAUCUUGGGAACACAACAAGAACAUCAAAUUCUUCCAUGUUUUCCCUUCCCAAAGACCCUAAUGAAGUUGUUCUAUAUGUCGAAAGGUAGAAAAAGCGACAUGUGGAUAUGCAAGAAGAAGUUAAUAAGGAUAAUAACUUGGAUAUGGAAGUGGUUGUUAAGACUUCUAAUCAUAUCCAAGGGGUCACCUCUAUCAAUAAUUCUUCCCAUGAUCAAUGAACAAUGCAACUUUUUCACUUGGAACUGUAGAGGGACUAUGAGCAAGGACUUUAUGAGGGUUAGUAAAAACUACAUGUGUAUGUUUAAAGCUGAUAUGUUUGUCGCUCUUGAAACCAGAUUUGAUCCUGAGAAGCUGCAUAAGCAAAUGCAAAAGUUGGGCUUUGACAAGCUCGACUUUUUUUAGAAUAAAAGUUAUUCUGAAGGUAUAGUUGUGUCCUAGAGGUAUGAUAUUAUCGAGGUUGAAAUCGAGAUUAAGCAUUUCCAAUUUAUUCACAUGAAAAUUAAAGCUCAUAAUGGUAUCAUGUGGUACUUUACCCCAAUUUAUGCCAGUCUUAGGAAAAAGGGCAGACGAGAUCUUUGGGAUAAUCUUUUGAGGAUCUCUUAUAAUCUACAAGAUGGUUGGCUUCUUGGAUAGGACUGCAAUGAUAUUUUGCUUCCUACUGAGAAUAAAAGAUGGUAUUAUAGUCUCCAUCUGCAGUUGUGCCUUAUUUAGGGAUCAUAUUAAUUCUUGCAGUCUUCUUAAUAUGGAAUAUAUGGGUCAAAAGUAUACCUGGAAAGGCUCCAUUGAUCAUGGGGGACCUAUCUAUAUGAAAUACUUGAUCGUGCCUUAUGAAAUGUUACAUGGAGAAUUCUUUCUCCUGAUGCUUUUGUCAGGACCUUUCCUAGGGUGAACUUCUCUGAUCACCGCCCUCUUUUAAUAUCACUUAAGGAAUUCCAUCAAUAUGGUAGGCCAAGAACUUUCAAGUUUGAAUCUGCCUGGAUAUUUGAAGAUUCUUUUGAAGCCAUGCUUACCAGUACUUGGCAUCAAUCUAAUUCCUUCUUAACAAGCCUUGAGCCUGUCAAGAUUGCUUCCAGUUCUUGGAAUCUCCGUACUUUCAAAAGCCUCAUUCAGAAGAAGAAUAAGCUUUUGGGCAGAAUUUUGGGUAUUCAAAGGGUCUGUCAGGAGGGUAAAGGAGAUUUUGGUUUGGAGAAAAGGGAAAAUAAGCUUCAGCAAAAGUUAUCCUUGUUUCUCCAUCAAGAAGAAAUCAUGUGGUUCCGACGUUCUAAGAUAAAGUGGCUCUUUGAUGGUGAUAGAAACACUAAGUUUUACCACACUGUUGCAAUUCAAAGAAGAAGAAGGAAGAGUGUUAGCAUUAUCCAGUCUAAUUAUGGUGUAUGGAUUUAUGAUCCAAUCAAAUUUCAGCAAAUAUUUAAAGAAUAUCAAUGUGUUGUGAAGAUGUUUACAUCAAGGAAGAAAAUCAGCAAGGACAAGGGUGCUGAACCUACUGAAUUUGAGGAAUCAGUUGGACAGGCAUUGUUUGAUCUUGAAAACACCAACCAUGAGUUGAAGAGCGAGUUGAAAGAUUUAUACAUAAACUCUGCAGUCCAAGUUGAUGUUUCUGGCAACAUCCAUGUCCCAUACAGAUUGAGGAAGGGUUUCCGCAAAAUUCAUGUCAGGCUUGUUAGGGAGCUUGAGAAGAAAUUUAGCGGCAAGGAUGUAAUCCUGAUUGCCACCAGGAGAAUUGUAAGACCCCCAAAGAAGGGUUCAGCUGCUCAGCGCCCCCGCAGCCGAACACUCACUGCUGUGCAUGAGGCAAUGCUGGAGGAUGUUGUAUUGCCUGCUGAGAUUGUUGGGAAACGCACUAGGUACCGAGUUGAUGGAUCCAAGAUCAUGAAGGUAAAACUUUAGUAACAGGCAAAUAACAACUUCCAAAAAUUUAUAUGUUCAAUCAACAAAGCUAUUAAUUAAGCUAACAUGUGAUUUAGCAUGCUAAAGAGAGACAUGAUGUUGAGUUUGUGUUGACGGAAUUUUUGUGCUCCUCUUAUGCCGGUGUUUUUGGACCCAAAGGAAAGAAACAACACUGAGUACAAGCUGGAGACAUUUUCUGCAGUUUAUAGGAAACUGUCUGGCAAAGAUGUUGUGUUUGAGUAUCCCAUUACUGAGGCUUAGGUUCUUAGGUUCUGUUUCCCAGUUUUGAAUUUGUUUCAUGAAAUGCAUAUGAUGAAUGCUGCCAGUUAAAUUUUGUUUAAGUUGCCUUAAUUUCUGGAUUUUGUUUGGUGACUUUCAAAAAAAGUACUUUGUGGCCUAGUUAAGCAAUGUAGCUUUUGAUAUAUUUAUCUGAUUAAAAUUACUUGCUUUUUUUCUAAA